ACCCUGUUUAUAUAGCUUUGGAUACUGGCGGAAACAAAACAAUUUAUGAAAACAAAUUCAAUGUCGAGUUGGCGUGCAUGGAACACACUUCGCUUAAGAUAUUCCGCUUUAAAGUUUUGUAAAGAGUCAAUAUAUAUGCCAUCAUGAUGUUAAGUUUUAUACGACUUUACUUUGAUACUUGUUGUAUCCAUGGAUUCCGAUAUUUGGUGAAGAGCGUGUUAAUCCUGUUGGAGAGAUUGUUUUGGCUUAUACUGUUGAUUGUAUCAGUAUAUUUCUGCAUUAUCUCGUGCAUAUCCUCUGUGGAUCGAUUUCAUACAAAGAGCACACACAUUGGUCUCGAACGGAACUCCUAUUACUGGAAUACCUCGAUGCCGGGUGUCACCAUAUGUCCGAUGCAGCGCUUAAAUGAAUCGCUUUUUGACAAUUAUUGUCGAACCAAUAAGUUGAAAGGGACUGACAAAACGGAAUUCUGGGACUUCCUAGAGAAUUUAGCCAAUUCCACUUACACGAACUUUCAGAAUAUACCGGAAUACGAUAGCAUUGAUCGCACACUCGAUCAUCUGGGCAUUAAGCCCAAACAUUAUAUGGAAUUGAUCUACAAUCUGACAUUUGAUGGCACCUACGAGCCCAUAGAGAAACUUCGCAUCCGUUGUAUCGAUGGUCAGGUACACCUUAAGACCAGACAGAUACUUACAGAGUUUGGUCUCUGUUACCUGUGCAGCUCGUAUCUGGGCGAGGAGUAUAGCUCGCGUUACCUAAUCUUCGGCGAGUUUCCGGAAUUUAAUAAGUAUCUAAAUUUGCAUCGGUUUGUUCGUGUCAAGAAGGCGACUUUUUUCGACAAGGAUGUAGGCUUUACCCUAAUGGGUUUCGAUACCGAAGCAAUAGACAGCUAUAUACAUUCAGCUUUUGAAGUCAUGAAGGUGGAUAAUAAUUUCGGCUACUCACCCGAAGGAGCUGCCUAUGAGCCGGAAGUUGAGGAAAUAAUUGCUGAAGCGAAUUUUGAGACCGAAACGUCCAUAAGCCAAAGAAAAUGCCGUUUCUAUCACGAGUCCAAUCUUACGCAUUAUCCUUUUUAUACCAAGAAUAUUUGUCAACAAGAGUGCCGCAUUAACUUGGCCUAUAAGAUAUGCAAAUGUAUUCCCCACUUUUACCCCAAUCGCAUUGCAAAUCCGAAGCCAGUUUGCACCUACCAAACAUUAAGAUCCUGUUUUCCGAAGCAUGCCGGCUACUUUCUAAAAUUUUACGAAGAGAAUGGAGACCAUGAGAAACCAACCAGCUGCUACUGCGAACAAAACUGUAUAGACGCUGUGAUCAAGCUUAAAAGUGCGCUUGCCAUGCGAGGCUCUAGACAAUUGCUUGGAAGUAUGGGCAGUUCCGUCUCUAUGAGCACUUGGCCACGGAAUCAAUUCAAAAGACAAGUCAUAUUUUCCUUUACAGAUCUGUUAGUUUCAAUAGGUGGAACUGCUGGUCUUUAUCUUGGAUUUAGUGUCCUGGGCUUAGUUGAAUUUCUAUACUUUUUUACACUGCGCUUACUUUGGCAAUUACUUGGAUAUAAGCUUUGAAUUUUGUUUACUGUUAUUUGAUAUUUUAAGAAUCCUUCGCGUUGAAGCUAAUCUGAAAUGUAUAAUAAAAAU